AAUCGUGUCAAAGUGGGGCAAACUCUGAGCGCGCCGGAUCUGCAAGCACUCAAACCCGCCCCGCCAUCGCAGAUCUGCUCAAUUCCUGACCAUCCAUCGUUACGGCAAACCCCCCCCCGAACUCUCACACAAUAUGCCCCUCGACACCUCCACCUACGCCCUCGCCCACCUCCGCCUGGACGGCCGCCGUUGGAACGAGCUCCGCCGCUUGCACGCCUCCCUCUCCGUUCAAUCCUCCUCCGACGGCUCCGCCUACCUCGAACAAGGCAACACUAAGAUACUCGCCACUGUCUCCGGCCCGCAAGAACCAGUGCGCCGAACCGGACGAGACGGAUCGAGCGAAGCGAAGAUAGAGGUUGAGGUGAAUGUGACGCCUUUCUCGGGUACGGACCGGAAGAGGAGGGCGAAAGGUGAGAAGCGGGUGCAGGAGCUGCAACUUACCGUCGCGAGGGCGUUUCAGGGAGUGGUGUUGGGGCAUCUGUACCCGCACAGUGUGGUCGAGGUGCGGUUGCAUGUGUUGUCGCAAGACGGCUCACUGCUUGCCGCGUGCCUCAACGCUGCAACGCUUGCGCUUAUCGAUGCCGGCAUACCCAUGACGGACUAUAUUGCGGCCUGCACUGUCGCUUCUUCACCCUCCAGCGAUCAGAGUAUUGACGACUCGGACCCGCUGCUGGACCUCAAUGGACUCGAGGAGCAGGAGUUGCCGUUCCUGAGCAUUGCAACAAGUGGAGAGGAAGGGAAGGUGUGUGUGUUGAUGAUGGAGACGAAGGUGCAGAUGGCGAGAUUGGAGGCCAUGGUGAGCGUGGGGCUGGAUGGAUGUGGGCAGAUUAGAGGCAUUCUGGACGAGGUAGUGAGGCAGCAUGGGAAGCGGGUGCUGGAGGCGAAAGUCGGGUGAGCGUUCGGUGCGAAAGCUGAUGGAAGCGGUCUCCUAACCUUGACUGUGCACGAAAUUCAACAUCGGAACUGGAGACAGCACGGUGUCAUGCUGCCACAGCACGUCGUGCGGUCAACGUCGGUGAUGGGAGAGCCGUGCUUGGCGAAUGCCACCAUCGACUGGCUAUGGCAGCGUGCAUUACAUCCACGUCACUGUCCCUCUGUUGUGUAGCACAAAGCACAAAACAGUACGGCUUCCUGAUCUUCUCUGCAGC